AAGCGAGGGGCGGGCCCCACCGGCCGGGCGGUUGGGCCGUGAAGGGAGAGUCUUUUCGGCGCUGAGGACGGGCGCUGAGGAGGCGGCGGUGGCUCCUGGGGCGUUUGAGCGGGCUCACUCGAGCCCGCGGGCCGACGCGGACGCAGGCCCAGCCGGCGGAAACGCCCCGGACUCCCCGCGGGCCUUCCUAGCCGCCAUGGAGGACGGUGUCUACGAGCCCCCAGACUUGACUCCAGAGGAGCGCAUGGAGCUGGAGAACAUCCGUCGGCGCAAGCAGGAGCUGCUGGUGGAGAUCCAGCGCCUCCGGGAAGAGCUAAGUGAAGCUAUGAGCGAAGUGGAGGGUCUGGAGGCCAAUGAGGGCAGUAAGACCUUGCAGAGGAACCGGAAGAUGGCAAUGGGCCGGAAGAAAUUCAACAUGGACCCCAAAAAGGGGAUCCAAUUCUUGGUGGAGCAUGAACUUCUACAGAACACACCUGAGGAAAUUGCCCGCUUCCUGUACAAGGGCGAGGGGCUGAACAAGACAGCCAUUGGGGACUACCUAGGGGAAAGGGAAGAGCUGAACCUGUCUGUGCUCCAUGCUUUUGUGGAUCUACAUGAGUUCACCGACCUCAAUCUGGUUCAGGCCCUCCGGCAAUUCCUGUGGAGCUUUCGCCUCCCUGGAGAGGCUCAGAAAAUUGACCGAAUGAUGGAGGCCUUUGCCCAGAGAUAUUGCUUAUGCAAUCCCGGGGUCUUCCAGUCCACAGACACCUGCUACGUGUUGUCCUUCGCUGUGAUCAUGCUGAACACCAGCCUUCACAAUCCCAAUGUCAGGGACAAGCCGGGCCUGGAGCGCUUUGUGGCCAUGAACCGGGGCAUCAAUGAGGGUGGGGACCUGCCUGAGGACCUUCUCAGGAACCUCUAUGACAGCAUCCGAAACGAGCCCUUCAAAAUCCCUGAGGAUGAUGGGAAUGAUCUCACCCACACCUUCUUCAACCCAGACCGAGAGGGCUGGCUCCUAAAGCUGGGGGGCCGGGUGAAGACUUGGAAGCGUCGCUGGUUCAUCCUCACAGACAACUGCCUCUACUACUUUGAGUACACUACGGACAAGGAGCCCAGAGGGAUCAUCCCCCUAGAGAACCUGAGCAUUCGUGAGGUGGAUGAUCCUCGGAAGCCGAACUGCUUUGAGCUUUACAUUCCCAACAAUAAGGGACAGCUCAUCAAAGCCUGCAAAACGGAGGCGGAUGGUCGGGUAGUAGAGGGGAACCACAUGGUGUACCGAAUCUCAGCACCCACACAGGAGGAGAAAGACGAGUGGAUCAAGUCCAUCCAGGCUGCUGUAAGCGUGGACCCCUUCUACGAGAUGUUGGCAGCAAGAAAGAAGCGGAUUUCUGUGAAGAAGAAGCAAGAACAACCCUGACCCUGUCCCCAACUCCAUUAUUUAUUUUGGAGCUGCCCCGCCUGGGUGGCAGGACCCCUGGGCCCUGGGGCUGUGGAUCCUGGUUCCCUGUUUGGAAAAUCACCACCUCUAGCUCCUGACUCCUUAUUUGUAAUUAACAUGUUGGUAAUCUUAUUAAUUAUUUAACCCCU